UGUUGUUACAGAUCUUAUAGCAGUCGGUUUAAAGCGGGGAUCUGAUGAGCUUCUUUCUCCUGGUGUCAUUAACGGACCUUCUACCAUGAACAAUUCAACUCCUUCAGGUGUGUAUGCUAAUGGGAAUGACAACAAGAAAUUUAAAGGAGAUAGACCUCCCUGUUCGCCUUCCCGUGUUCUCCAUCUUCGCAAAAUUCCAUGUGAUGUCACCGAAGCAGAGGUCAUUUCAUUAGGUCUACCAUUUGGCAAAGUAACUAAUCUUUUGAUGUUGAAAGGAAAAAGCCAGGCCUUUUUAGAAAUGGCUUCUGAAGAAGCUGCUGUUACUAUGGUAAAUUAUUACACUCCUGUUACUCCUCAUCUACGAAGUCAGCCUGUUUAUAUCCAGUAUUCCAAUCACCGAGAACUUAAGACUGACAAUCUGCCUAAUCAGGCUAGAGCCCAAGCUGCACUGCAGGCUGUCAGUGCUGUCCAGUCAGGAAACUUAUCCCUUCCUGGAGCUCCUUCCAAUGAAGGUGCAGUGCUACCUGGACAGAGCCCUGUGCUCCGGAUAAUUAUUGAAAACCUAUUCUACCCUGUCACUCUGGAAGUUCUUCAUCAGAUAUUUUCUAAAUUUGGCACAGUCUUGAAGAUUAUCACCUUUACAAAGAAUAAUCAAUUUCAAGCCUUGCUUCAGUAUGCUGACCCACUGAAUGCACAUUAUGCCAAAAUGGCUUUGGAUGGCCAAAAUAUCUAUAAUGCAUGCUGCACUCUGCGUAUUGACUUCUCCAAGCUCACCAGCCUUAAUGUGAAAUAUAAUAAUGACAAAAGCAGAGACUUCACUCGCUUAGACCUUCCUACUGGUGAUGGUCAGCCAUCUCUUGAACCUCCUAUGGCUGCUGCUUUUGGUGCACCAGGUAUAAUUUCCUCUCCAUAUGCAGGGGCUGCUGGAUUUGCCCCGGCCAUUGGAUUUCCUCAAGCUACAGGUCUAUCUGUCCCAGCUGUUCCUGGAGCCCUUGGUCCUCUCACACUCACCUCCUCUGCUGUCACUGGAAGGAUGGCCAUUCCUGGGGCAAGUGGCAUACCAGGGAAUUCUGUUCUGCUUGUCACCAACCUCAAUCCUGAUUUUAUCACACCGCAUGGGCUCUUUAUUCUAUUUGGAGUGUAUGGUGAUGUACAUCGAGUGAAGAUCAUGUUUAACAAGAAAGAAAAUGCCUUGGUGCAGAUGGCAGACGCAAGUCAAGCUCAGCUAGCAAUGAACCAUCUAAGUGGUCAGAGACUUUAUGGAAAAGUACUUCGUGCUACACUGUCCAAACACCAAGCAGUUCAGCUCCCUAGAGAGGGACAAGAAGACCAAGGUCUGACUAAGGACUUCAGCAAUAGUCCCCUGCAUCGCUUUAAAAAGCCUGGCUCAAAGAACUUCCAGAAUAUCUUCCCACCAUCAGCCACUCUGCAUCUUUCCAACAUUCCCCCUUCUGUUACAAUGGAUGAUUUGAAGAACCUUUUUACAGAAGCUGGAUGCUCAGUGAAGGCUUUUAAAUUCUUUCAGAAAGAUCGUAAGAUGGCACUCAUUCAGUUGGGUUCUGUGGAAGAAGCAAUCCAGGCCCUUAUUGAGCUUCACAAUCAUGAUCUUGGAGAGAAUCACCACCUGAGAGUUUCCUUCUCAAAGUCCACCAUCUGAGCUCUCUGUGAAUUUUAGACUGGACCAUAAUUUCAGUAAAGUCUUCAGGCACAGACUGAAGCAGCUCAAGACCAAUUCUGCCUCUUUCACAAAAGUAACUCUUUGGGAGUUUGAUUGAUAUUCAAGUACAUUUAAAACAAGAGAUACUUCUUUUUUUCUGAUUUUCUCACCAAUGUAUGAUCAAAGGUUUGCUUUUCCUUUGUACUGCAGUUUCUAUGAAAAUAACUUUCAGGAAAAAAGAUCAGGAAAAUAUUUUUUAAAUAAUUUAAUUCCCUGAAUUAGAUUUCAAAAGGAUGGACUUUAAGUUUGAGUUCAGAUCAGCCUUACAUGACAUUUCUAAUAUCCUUUGUACUUUGAGGAAUUUAGACAUACAGACUUUUACAAUUUCUUGAUGUAAUUUAAACCACUUACAACCAAGUUUUUAACUUUAUGAUUCAGAAGUUUCCCUGUGGAAAAUGUUCACUUAUAAAUUAUAUCAGAUAUUUGCAUCUAUUGAUAGUUAUUAUAUAUAACCACAUGGAGUUAUAUUGGAAGCAGGUUUAUAAACAUGCAUGCUUUCUUUCAAUGUUUUUUUUUUUUCCACUGUAUGACACUCCUUUGAAUAAUGUGUAUCUUCUCUUUCAAAGACUAUUUGGAAAAGCAAAGUGUUGCAAUUGUCUCCAGGGAUACAUAAGUGGGAUUCAGCCUGAAUCUGUUAAAAUAUCAGCAUAAUUAAUCAUUUUAGGAAAAAAAAUCAUGUUUUAAAUUUCAAAAUGACAUUUGUCAAGUAAUGUAAUGUGAUCUUGGAAAAUUUUAAAAGAAAAAUAAUCCUACUUUUUUAUAAUUGUUUUCAGAAAAAAGUUUACAGUCUUAAGGAAAAUAUUCAGGUCUAUCAUAUGGUUUGACAGAUUUUUUAAAAGUUAUUUUUGGUAAGGUCUUCUUUUAGAAAAAAAUCUCAAGGGUUUUUUGUACCACUAUAAUCUCUAAUACUCAGAAUUACUGUGUAUUUACUUAAUUUCUUAUUAUGUGCCUUAUUAUGUGCUUAAGAUAUAAUAGAUUAGAGUUUUAUCUAAAUAUCUAGAAAGAUAAAUUGUGGGCUUGAAGAGCAUUCUGUUAUUUUUUCCUUGUCUUGGAUUUUAAGGGUUCCCUCCCCUUUUUUCAUUUCAAUUUUAAGUGGUUUUCAAUAAGUAAUAGUUUUUAUUCAGAUUUUUGGUGCUUUGGUGUAGAGAUGGGAUAGAGAAGGGUGAGUGGUUUGGGAAUAACUUGGUGUGCACCUGUAGGCCUCUGUUGUGACUGCUGGUUGCCUCCAGCCUUUAUGUAAAGUAGAAGCUGCAGAACUGUCUUAGUUCGCAUCUGUCUGACAUUUACCAGCUGUUAGGAUUUGUCUCAGGAUUACUUGGUUCUUUCUCAGCACUCAAGUGAGAACUUGAUUUUCUUUGUUAGUGGAACUCAUUAUUGAAUGCCCACAUAUUUGGAGUAUGAGAAAGUGGGUUAUUUUUUAUACUCUGACCCUCUUAAUUUUUUUGGUUGAAUGUAAAGUACAUGUUAAUGUUGCUUCAGAGAUUGUUUCAUGUAAAAUUGUUUCUUUUUAAUAUGAAACUGCUUUUGUUAAUUAUUCCUUCAAUGCUUAAUCAGUUUUUACAAUACAGAAUUUGUCAAAGGGAUCAAUUUUGUCCACCCUCUUUCACUUUUAGUAUUCUCAGAGUUGAUCAUCUCAUCUUUUAAAGAGUAUCUCAGACUUCUAUUUUCAGCCAUUAAUUUUUCUUUAAAAAAAAAAAAAAGAAAAGAAAAAGGUUUUAUAGAAAUAGAAGCUGAAAGAGAUAAUUGUAGAUUGUUCAAAAUCAAAUCAGAAUUCCCUCAAUAGGAAGCAACAAUUGGUAGAACAUGCAGAGAUGCUCAGUUGGGACAAUUCAGAUGGGUCACCUUAGUAUUGGCUGAAUAGAUACUCACGGUAAUUGUACAGUUGGGUGUUUUCCCACUUAAUAUUUGAGGUAUAUUUUCACCUAAAUACUGAAUAAAGGAGGGGGGGAUAUUGGAACAGUCUCCCAAAUUUGCUUUUUUCUUAUCACAAGACACUAUAUUAAUUUUCAGUGACAUUUUAAAUUGGAUUGCUUCUUUAUUUUGAGUUGGGAACUACUAUGUAGUUUAUUAAUUCAUGACAUGUAACAUCCAGCAUAAGUGUAGCAAAAGUUAUUGAUAACAGAAGGGAAAUUAUAAUAGUGUUGAAUGUAAUUCUGAAGUAGGGAUGGCCUUUAAAUCUGAGAAAACAUUGAAAUCCUUUUCAGGGAUUUGUGUAGAUAUGUGUGCGUCUGUGUGUGUGUGUGUAUAAAUAAGUGUAUGUACAUACAUAUACUCUUUUAAUGUUAUAUAUACAUAUGCACAUUACGUACAUUUUAAUUUAUUGACAAAAUUAACAAAAUUAAGAUUUGGGAACUUAGGAUAUACUUUAAAAGAGCAUGUUUGAAGUCAUCAGAUUGUGUCUAAAAUUAGCUGUAGCAUAUGGAUACUGUCCAUAUUGAGCUCUUUAUUGUUUGAAUUAUAGAGGUCUUCAGUAUUUUUGUUGGCAUAGUUUUAAAUAUUGGGGUGGUGGAAAAUUUGAUCUUUGUAUUUUUAUUUUGGCAUGCACUAUUCAGUAUCUUUUAAGCAGUGGUUUAUUUUUGCUGCUGAUCUUUGAGAAUGCCUUGAUGAGUUAACUUACUUUAUUUUGAGGAGUGUUGUCAUACCACUUUUCAAGGUAUCCUAACUUUAACAAAGAAAGCAUAUAGAAAUUCAGGACUUAAGGAAAUAGCAGUACACGUUUAAUAAUAGCACUGUAUAGCAAAGUGUUUUAUUUUGUUGUUUGGAUAACUCAUAUACUGGUAAAAUAUGUUUUGUGACAUAAGAAUAGACAAAUCAUGUUUUCUCUUAAUUGACAAUUUGCUAGAGUUUCAGGAUUACCCAUAUCCCCAUAAAUGACAUGAGAUAUUGAGAACUAAAUACUAGAAGCCGUUUUUUGUAGCAGUGUUUGAACUGAAUGUUUUGGAGUCACAGUUCCUUCUUUGUUUUUACCUCCUGUGGUGAUUAAGGGCCCUGUUGAAAUUUAGGGAUUAGCCCUUAUGAGCCAGGUAUGGUAACAUACAACUAUAAUCACAGCACUGAAGGAGGCUGAAGGUUUUGAUUUUAAACCCAGCCUAGACUGCAGAACAAAUUCCAUGCCAGCCUUGCUACAUAAGACCUUGUGUCCCCAUCUCCCCCAAUUUAAAAAAAAAAAAAAAAAAAAAAACCUCUUAGGAAUCCACAAAGUGUCAAUUUUUAAAGACUUCAUUUCAUGGGGCAGAACAUUUGUGUCUGAAUAUAAUUAUAAUGUAGUUUCUCUUCUAGUUCCAUUAAAUAUUCUUGGACAGAAAAUGGCAAACUCAGAAAUGAUGAUCUUUUGUGCCUCAAACUUAUCUCUUAGAAAACCCAGGGUGUACUGCUAUUUUUAAAACCAAAAAGCAUGCCUGUGAUCAGAGCAUUUUUCUCAGCUUUUCCUUUGUCUUGAUCUAUUGUCAAUGAGAAUAAAACUGCCACACUUAAAAUAUUCACUGUUGUGCUAAAAGAAACACAAUUUAGAUUGUAUAUAACUUAAAGUGUAACUCAGCUGUCUUUUAAAGGGUUUUUUAAGGUAGAAGACUGUUUGCAGUCUUUUUCAGAGCAAAUCCUAACAGGUACUUAUGAAUUGUUUUUUUUAAAAAAUAGAAAAUUACAGAAAUGUUAAUAAUUGGGGGCGUGUAAAAGAGAAAAACAAAACAGGACCAAAGUUUAUGUGCCUUCUGUAGUCUUAAUUGACCUUUUCUUCAUAUUUGAGCCUAAGGUAGCAUUGGUAUUUUGAUUUUUCAGGAAAUAUGUAUUUUACAGUUUAAGAGAAUGUUGUCCCACAAACUAGUUAUACAAGCAAAUAGUUAUAACUGAAUAAGCAAAAUCUCAGUUACACUUUUGCCUUCAGUAUAUAAUAUGGAGCAUUAUAUGGUGGAAGAGUAGAACUGCCCCUCAGUCUUUGUAGUAGUCACCUUAGCUCUAGCAGGCUGAGACAAUAUGCUCCAGUGAGCAGGGGCCUUGGCGACGAUGACAGUCAUGCCUGAAAAAUGCUGAUGGCAAACUACACUUAACACUGUCAACAGAGUUUUGUUAUGUUUUUAGUAGUUGUAAGAACAGGUAUUUUAAGUAGUUGUUUUUGGUGUCAUUAACCCAGCAAACUCUAGUCUUUUUUUUUUUUUUUCUUCCCUUACCAGACUUUAAAAAAAAUACAUCCCAUAUCCAGGAAGUACUAAUUACAAAGAUUGCUGACCACACCAAGUUAUACAUUGAAAUGUCACCUCAUUGCUCUGACCAAAGACUGCCUGUUCUGGUUUUAACUCAUCUGUGAAGCAUUUUCCAUGAGCUCUUUUCUGAAAGAUCCCAGGCAGAGCGAGCGGCCUUGACUUUCCAUUUCCUAUUGAUGAAUAGACUGCUUAGAGAAAAUGGGAAUUUUACUGUGAACAGAAUGGAGUGGGACAACAAAAAUGGAUGUUCAUUUUCAGUACUGUAUUUGAGGGGGAAAUAGCACAGCUAGAAGCCUCUAACAUUGUCUAGUGUUUUACAUGGUCUGUUCAUAAAAUUCCCUUUUUCUGUUUGUAAGAAUGUUCAUCUAACAGAAGAAAAUGCUGUAAAUAUUUGUAACAUUUUUUUGAAAAAGGCCAAAAAGGAAAAAAAAAAAGUUUUUUGGGAACAAGUUAACAUAUAAAGUGGUUUUAUAGAAAACAGCGAUUGUCUUGUAUAUUUUGAUAAGCAGCAGUACCAGAUUUCAUUUGUAAUACAGUUUGUGGUAUUGGAAGAAAAGGAUUCUGUGAUUGUCUAAGUGAAUUAUGUUAUAAAUGCAAAGAGGAGAAAAUAUUAAAAACCAUAUUUUCUAAC